GCUUACGAAUUCCGAGACAGAGAGAGAGAGUGAGUGAAAAAGAAAGAAUUCUUCUUGUAAAGCUUUUGCCUUUUAGAGGAAAGAAAAGAACAGUGCCAGAUCUUAGAAGGAUCCAAAGACCCAUUAGGAGAAAAAAAGCAAAAAAAUACUUUUAACAAGUCAAUAAAAUCUUUAUUAUUAUUUAUACCCACAAGACAACAAACUUGCAUUCCAACAAAUCUCACUUCUUCUUUCCUCUUUUCUUCUUCUACUUCUUCUUUCUCUCUUGUUUUUUUUUGGCUUUGACUUUUCAUUAUCUCUUUUUCUUCAUGUUCGCCUGUUUCUGAGGUUUUGUGAGAUGACUCACGUGUUGUUGGUACGAAGAGAGAGACAUGGAAAGAACAGAAGAUGGGACAAGAACUUGAUCAUGUGUUCCUUCUUCUUAUUCUUCUUCGUCUUCUUUGUCAGUUCUCAGAUAGGUUUGUCCUCGUCAGCUUCUUCUGUUGGUUAUUCACGUCGUCACUUCGUCGCGUUUCCACCGCCGAGAAAGGCUCUGAGCUACAGUACUACGGCGACGUUUCGUGGGCCAUUGAACAGAGAUGACAUUUAUGGAGACGACAAGAGAGUAGUUCACACGGGUCCCAAUCCUCUCCACAACUAACUUUUACGCGUUGCUAU